GUAAAUUGUCUAAAUUCUCCCAAAAUUAGUUUCGUUUCGUGCGGAAAGGCAAAUACGAAACAAAAGGCAAAAGGCAAUUGCGAAUUUCAGCGAAUUUUACCGUGGAUAAAAUACCAAUAAAUAUACAUCUUCAAGGAAGGUAGCAACCCUGACAUUUUCAACCGGACAAAACUCUUUUUCCAGCGGCAAAGAUUACGGGACGAGCGCAAAUUUCCCAAAUUAACCCCAAAUACUGCUAAACAGCUAAAAUAUGGAUUUAAUUGAAAAAAUUGACGAGAUGCUUCCGCUGUAUCCGAAGUGCGAGAGGGCCAGAGAGACAGGAGUCCUUGUAUUAGCAAUGGACUUUAAUUAUUUAAACUCGAGCAAUCUCACCGUAGUUCCUCCAGUUGUUUUCAACAUUAUGUCGCACGCUCAGGUGAAGGAGUGUGAUAUCAGCGGAAAUUUAUUGAAUAACAUACCACCACAAUUGGCACUUGAUUUCCAGGCUCUAACCAAACUGAAUAUAUCGCACAACUUUCUGGCCAUACUGCCAGUGGAGAUGGGCAAUCUGCCGGCGUUGGAGACACUCGAUUUAUCAUCUAAUUUGUUUUACGCAUUGCCCGAUAUAGUUUUCAAGCUGCCGCACUUGAGCCAUUUGUAUGCUCAGAACAACUUCAUUUCGGAAUUCGAUUUAAGUCAGCCCAUAAAGAGCGACCGCAUGAAUGUAUUUGACUUGCGUUACAAUCCUCUGAAUUCCUCGUUUCGCAUUAAGCUGGUAAAUAAAUAUACCAAAUUCCGCUUGGUACUCAAUGAGGAAGGUGUGUAUAAUGAAGAAGAGCAAUGAAGAACCUACACUGGAGGAAUAAACAAAACUACGAAAUGAGAAGGACACGGCACAAGGAGGCAACACUUAAAGAUGACGAUUAUUAAAUAUAAACCACAAGAAACAGUACACAUCCAACGAGAAGGGACUGUGUUCCUUGUUCUCAAAGAAUAAAAACCAAAGAAGAAGCACAAAAAACAAUAGCAACAAAAGAAGC